UUGGAAAGAGGGUAAAGGGUUGGUAGGGAGGAAAUAUUAUUUGUCUGUGUUAGAUUAGGAAUCGAAAGAAUUUAAUUUUUAUCCCAUCUUCAUUCUCCUAAAAAUCCCAAUAAUAACCAUGAUCUUAUAAAGACUUUAAUAUAAAAGGUUUUACCGUCUGUCAUACUUUACCCUCUCUAACUCUGAAACUCUUAACUCCAGUCCUUAACUCCUCUCAAUCAUCUUUAGCAUCUUAUUCUUCCUACUAUUUUUCCAACCUGUACAGUACUCCAUCAUCGAUAUAAAGAAAGUUUUGAAAUGGUAGAAGUUGCAACCAGAAGCGUUUAGUUGUUUAUUAAUUGUGCCAAAUAGCCUCCUAAAAUUUCUGGUAAAAAUUUAGGAUGACAGUACAAGAAAUAGAGAAGGAAUUAGGCGCAGAUUUAUGAAGAGUGCAGCCAACAGAUUGGGAAAUUGGCCCAUAUGAUACUCAAAAGAGGCCUCACAAGAAUACAAGUUCAGAAUGUCCCGAUCCAUCUAUAUUAAUAUCUGAAUUGGGAAAGGAUUCCCACAUUUAUUGAUAUUUAGCUGAAAAGAUACAGAAAAAUCUACCAAAAUUAACUUCCGGGCUCAUCAAAGAUCCAAUUAGUUCUAAAAAUUUAAUAGAUUGCUUGGAGAAAAUAAUCAGAAGCUCCAAAGAUGUAUCCUUGAUUUCAUGCUUAACUCAUGCCCGCCUCUCGUCUUAUAAAUAAUGAAGAACAGCCAGGUGAUUGAGAAAGGAAAGAAAUCUUUGAGAAAGUUGGACUGAAACAUAUAUAUUCGCUCGAGGCUGAAAAGGCAAAGUAUGAAUAUGAACUUUCUAAACUUAAUGAUCAAAUGUUUGGAGAUUCUGAACCAAAAUUUGAAGAAUCUAAAGGGAGAAUUAAAGAUAGCUUAGUUCCUUCAUCACCUGUUUCUGAAGAGAAGUCUCAUCUUUCUUCAGAGUAUCGGCAAAUAUCUGCAAAUGCUUUACAGAAACAAGGGGAUUGUCACAUUAGAUACAUAAGUGAAGUUUCUUCUGACAAGCCUCUAGAUUUACCAAAUUCUCAGGCUAUUAAAGAAUGUUAUUCUGAGUUUGAAUACGAAAAUAUUUCAGAGGAGAAUAAAGAGGAAGAGAAAUCGCUAGAUGGCACAUCCUUUGAUUUAGACAACUAUCAAAGUGAUUAUAAUAGUUCACAAGAUGAUAUUGAUGCUCAAAACUUUAUUGAGUACUUAAAAGAUGAAGAAAAAUCAUCAAAUUAUUGUUCAAAUGAUGAUUCCGAUAAGAAUUCACCUCACUUACUUGUGCUUAAGGAUCAUAAAGACUUCAAGGUCUAUGAAUCACCUUGGAACAUAUAUAAGCGUUAUUCAAAGCAUUAUAUCUCUCCAAGGAAAUUCUUAAUAGUCGAACUAGAAGUUAAAUUAGGCAGCCAAAGGUAUAAUCAAAGAGAUCAAAUUAAGCUAUGCAAUGUUUCAUUCUUUGAUGAAGAUUCUGGGGAUCAAAAAUGUCCUUUUAUCCCAGAAAUCAAUACCCUAAUAGAUAUGACUAAAUACGAAGAGAAUGAUAGGGCUUUAGUUGAAAUGCUUGAUGCCUUGGUGGUCCAUUACAAAAAUCCUUCAUCUCGAAGAUAA